AUGUCCGAUUCCGCCAUACGAAAACGCUCUCGCGUCGCCUGCACCUCGUGCCAGUCUCGCAAGCGCAAAUGCUCCGGAGGUCAGCCAUGCACCAUCUGCGCCCAAUUCGGCACCGAAUGCCACUACGAUUACUUCUCUCGCAAGAAGAAAGACGUCAAACCAAAUCCGUACGCUAAUGUACUCCAUACAACACCGACAGCGGCACCGACAGCUACCUCCAAUUCGAGCGAUCUGACCACCGCCGCGGACGAGAAGAGGAGCCGCAGCCCCGUUGAGCCGGACCAUAUCCAUCCCACCUCCCUCGAGGCCAAUUCGGGCGCUGCGUUCGUGAGACGAUUAGGUCUGAAGCUUGAGACGGCUCAUGCACCGCGAUUACAUUUGUUUGCUUGGAAUGCCGGGGCUCGUACACCGUCCGCAGAGUCGUUGGCAUCAUCGUCCGCCGCCGCGGGGUCGGUGUCGGGGUCGACCAUAGUCGAUAUCAUCUCGCAGGAUGAGAUGCGCUCGUUCAUAGCAGUUUGGUUUGAGAAAAUCGACCCCUGCUACGGAUUCAUCGACCGCGAUUAUCUCCUCCGCCAGGUCAGUCGGCGAUGGUUACCCCCUUCAUCCGAAUCAGUGCUUGGCCCCGGCCCCUAUGACGCGGUGCUCUGCGGGCUCGCGGCGAUGGGAAUGCUCUUCUCACGACGAAAGGGGUCGAUCGCAGAAGCCAGAGUCGUGGAUUGCGGACAGCAAAUCCUCGAGAAACAUGUCACCUCCGAUUCCCCCUCUCCCGCCAUCAUCACCGGCUGGAUCCUACGAGUCUCAUACCUCCGCAUGACGGCGUCCCCCCACACAGCUUGGAUAGCCAGCUGCACGACAAUGCACCUCGUCGAGGCUGCCGGAAUGCAUCUCGAGAAUCCCUCGGAUAAUGGCUUCCUCCGAAAAAACGACGAGAGCUACUGCAGUCCUGAACUGCGUCGCAGACUGUUCUGCAUGGCCCGCCACCUCAACGUCUGGGUGUCCUUCGAACUAGGCCGCUCGCGGGUCGUUCUACACGGCGCGAACUCGCUCGCUCCAGCGCGCAGGGUAGACGUCAACACAACCCAGUUCUACACUGAGAUCUUCGAACUCCUUCCUGUCUCCGAGAGCCUGGAUCCAGUUCGAUCGUCGGACUCGAUGGAUCUCGAAGGCGCGCUAUCGGAUGUCCUGGAUGGGGAAUACGUCCCAUACAUCCUCAUCCUCGUGCAAUGCAACCUCGUCCUCUGCAUCUACCGCCGUCUCCGCGCACUCAGCCACUCCAUCUCCGCGAAACUACUCGAUCGCAUCGUCGCCCUCGCUGCUAAAGCCCUCCAUGCCACCCGUGAACUCACAGCCGCUGUCUGCCCAUGGCAAUACAUCGCCAUAGUCCCAUUCCAGGUUGUCUGUACACUACUGGCAAUGGAUAACCGCAAUUCCCUUGCCUUGUUGGGCGACGCAAUGCAUACUCUCGGUGAAGUCGCCGCUGCAUACGACACAGAUGUCAUGCGGGAGGCAUACAGCACGGCAUAUCUGCUUAUCCUGCUACACCAGCGACGGAAAGAAGAAGAUACAAGGGUCAUUGGGGACGUGUUGCAGGUUAACAGCCAGGCUAUUGCUGCGCCUGAUGACGCUACUGCGAAUUUCCACGAUGGUGCUUCUACUUCUACUGCUGAGAGCAAUCAUAUGAACCACGCGCACGGUGUGCCACUGCCGACACACUCCGAGUUCUCGUGGUUGGGCGAUUUGAUGAUCGAUAUGCCGAGUUUGCAGAAUUUCGAUCUCGAUCAGUUUCUUACUACAGAUGUGCCGUGGCCGUUGCCGGAGAUGGGGAUUUAG